AUGCAAUUGAAACAGACUUUAGCCACUGCUGCCCUAGCCUCUACUGCAAUGGCUGCCUACAACCCAGCUGAACCAUGGACCACUUUGACUCCAUCUGCCACUUACGCCGGUGGUUUGACUGACUACACUACCUCUUUCGGUAUUGCCGUUCAGCCAAUUACCACUUCUGUCUCUGCUGCUUCUUCCGUUGCCAAGAGAGCUGAAGCCAUUUCCCAAAUCGGUGACGGUCAAAUCCAAGCAACCACAUCGACCAAGACUACCGCUGCUGCCGUUUCUCAAAUCGGCGACGGCCAAAUCCAGGCUACCACCAAGACUACAACUGCCAAGACUACCGCUGCCGCUGUUUCUCAAAUCGGUGACGGUCAAAUCCAAGCCACCACCAAGACUACAACUGCCAAGACUACCGCUGCUGCCGUUUCUCAAAUCGGCGACGGCCAAAUCCAAGCCACCACAUCUACCAAGACUGCCGCUGCCGCCGUCUCUCAAAUCGGCGACGGCCAAAUCCAAGCUACUACUAAGACCACUUCCGGUAAGAGCACCUCAUCUAACACCACCACCACUUUAGUUGGUUCCAAAUCUUCUACAUCUGCUGCUGCCAGCACCGCCUCUGCUGCUGCCGACUCCAACGACCCAAUCACUGCUCAAACCUGUAUGACCGACUCUACUCUAGCCAUGGUCAUCAAGAAGGGUGAAUUAACAGAUGCCAAGGGCAGAAUCGGCUCUAUUGUUGCUAACAGACAAUUCCAAUUCGACGGUCCACCACCACAAGCCGGCGCCAUCUACGCUGCUGGUUGGUCUAUCACCCCAGAGGGUAACUUAGCCAUCGGUGACAACGAUAUCUUCUACCAAUGUCUAUCCGGCAACUUCUACAACUUAUAUGAUGAAACUUUAGGUGCUCAAUGUACCCCAGUUCACUUACAGGCCAUUGACUUAGUUCAAUGUUAA